GAAAUAAAACUUGAUUUCUGGGCCCCCCGACAUUUUUGAUUUCAAAACACACAAUUUAACGGGAAGUGGAUCAACAAGUGGCUCGGGGAUUAUCUAAUAAAGCCCUCCUACCGAAAAUCAUACUUAAAUAAUAUAGAUUAUACGGGCAACUACAACAACAACAGCUAGAAAUAUAUAUAUAUCAAUUUUAAAACAACCAAAGGCCCCCAUGUAUGUGUGUGUGUCAGUGUGAGCGCCUGCAUAUGUGUGUGAAUCGAGAAACGCAGAGCAGCAGCAACAACAACAACGCUACAACGGCAACGUCAACAGCACGCAACAACAACAGCCACAGCAACAACGGCCGCUGUGAGUGCGAGGGAGACGGCAACAGCGUGAGUCAUAUAAGUGAAAUGAAAAUGCGGAUAAAGCGAGAAGCGCCGUGUCUUCUGUUAUUUAUGCCAAUCCAAAAUACCAACAACAACAAUCGCAUUGGUGCCAAUCAGAAGGACUAUCCCAACAAGCGGUCCAGGGAGAAUCUGGCAUGUGACGAAGUGACAUCGACGACGUCAUCAUCCACGGCAAUGAACGGCGGCGGACGGACGCCGGCGCUAACCCGCAGCUGCUCCAGUCCGGCGGUCUACGAUAUAGAAACACAUCCCGCCUCGCCCGUUUUCCCGCAUCUAUUGCUGGGCAAUGGCCGCGACGCCGACGAUCCCAGCAGCGUGGGCGCUAACUGUGUGCUGAACGUUACCUGCCAAAGUCCCAAUGAGAGCCAUCUGCAGGGUCUCAAGUACAUGCAAAUACCUGCCAGCGAUACGCCCCAUCAGAACAUCAAGCAGUACUUCCAGGAGGCCUACGAGUUUAUCGAAGAUGCAAGGAAAACUGGUUCUCGUGUGCUGUUGCACUGCCACGCAGGGAUUUCGCGCAGCGCCACCAUCGCCAUCGCCUACGUCAUGCGGUACAAGUCGCUCUCCCUGCUGGAGGCCUACAAACUGGUGAAAGUGGCCCGACCGAUUAUCUCGCCCAAUCUUAACUUCAUGGGUCAGCUGCUGGAGUUGGAGCAGAACUUACGAAAGAGCGGUGUCCUAGCACCCGCAACCCCGCAUCUAAAUAGUCCUAGCAAUCCUUCGGGAUCUUCAGUGGGAUUAAGCACCCCAUCUAGUCAACUGGUGGAGCAGCCGGAGGAGGAGGAGAUCGAAGAGAAACGUGAUCAUGGCAAAUCCAAGUCGGAUAGCGAGGCUAUGGACGAGGACGUGUACGACUACGAUGAGGUGGACAGUGGUGCUGGCAGUCUGGCUGGCAGUAAUUGCUCAUCCCGCCUGACCUCACCCCCGAUAACCCCAGAUGACGAGGCGCCCAGCACUUCGGCGGCAGCAUCGUCGGUUUCGGAACUAGAUUCACCCAGCUCCACAAGCAGCAGCAGUGGUAUCUGCUCCCCGCUCCAGUCCACCAGCUCAUCCGUAUCAUCCUGCACAAUCAGCAAGCCAAAUUUACUGUCACCUACGAGGCAGUUGGCUUUGUUCAAGCGAAAUUCGCCCGCAAAACUGCGAUUGGAUCUGGAAUCCAGCUAUGCGCCCGCGUCACCCAUCGCAAAGUCCAUGCCCUGGAUCUCGGUGCCAUCAACGCCCCUCUGCGAGGAGGCACCUGAAAGCAGGAUGAACCAUUUGGCCAGCAGCUCGACGAGGGACUGAGAUAAGGUCCCCGCCAAGAGCCGCCGCCGCCAACUAGCAGCUGUGAAAAGAAAGAAAAUGAGCAGCCAAUUGCCACUUUCUUUAUGAUCAAAAUUAGAAUUGAUAAAACUGUAUUUGUUUUCAAAAAUAUGUGGAAAAUGACCAAAAUCUUAAGUAUUUUAUGAUUACAAAACUACUGAGAAAAUGUGGAUUUUAUCAAAUCAAAAACGGCAAGAGGGCUGCUACUUCCUAUAAAACAAGGUGAUGCUAAAAAGGUAUAAAUGUAUAUCAAGCCACCUGUGCAACGUGUAAAUAAAUAACGUUCAUAAAACUGUACAUACAAACGUACCUAAAGCAAAAAACAAGGGAAAGGAAUACCAAUUGCAGCUUAAAACUACAUGCAAUAAUUUUUAAGGGCUUUUGUAAUGUAUUUCUUCUUCGGAUCCCUGAACCAACAACACAAAACAAAAACAACUAAAGUUAUCCAAAACAACCAACUGGAGAAAUUGUUUAAGAGAAAAAAGAAAACCUCGUAUAUGUUAAUUUAGUUUAAUUUUAGUCGUAAGAGAAUCUUAACUAUACCUAUUACACACAUAAACUAUAUUAAACUUCACAUAGAACAAUGAAAAUCCAAAAUGCACUGCAACCAAUUUCUGCUGACUUGCCACACACACAAAAAACGUACCCCUUAUUAUUCCCAAAAACAAAAAAGAUUAGAAAAGCCCGCCAUAUACACAGCAAAGAUCUUAUCAAAACUGUUCUAAGUUUUAUCAAUCCGCUAUAGCCACACCUUACACCUUUACACUUAGUUACUUCAUGAGGAAAGUUUGUGUUUUCUAGUUUUAGUUAUUUAUAUGAAGCGAGUGCGUGAGAGGAUCCUGAAUGUGGUUUUAUUCAUUUGUAUUAGGCCGUAAGUCUAAUAGGCUAAGCUACUACACCAGAAAAGUGUAACCCGUGUUAAGUAAACGGAAAUUAUAAUAGUAACCAAA